GCAGGUUGUAGUUUUUGUUUUGUCCCGAAAGGCUUACCAUGAAUUGCCAGGGCUGAGAGAGAUGAAGAGGAUAUGCGGCGGUGACAGUCGGCUUUCCUUGUGUGAACUGGAGCCGGAAAACCUUGAGAACUUAUUCUUCGAUCCAGACAUGGCGCAGGAGAAAAUGGAACUAGAUUUCGAGCUGCCGCCGACUUCCACCACCUCAGACAGCAACAUUUUGAGAAGAGUCAGCAGUGCCCCUUUGAUCAAUGGACUUGGUUUUAAUUCACAGGUGUUGCAAGCUGACACAUUAAGAGUUAGGACAAACAGAAAAACGUUUGGGAAUCAACAUUCUCCGGAAAUCACUCCACCCACUUCUGUUGAACAGAAGCCCGAACACCUCUUCUGACAUUGAGACUGCCUUCUCUCAAAUCACCCUUUUGCUUUAUCUCCUAACAACUCUGAAGUUGGCAUGCCUGUUUCUUUCUCUCCCACCAGGAAUUCUGGCACUUUUGCUCAAUCUGCGUGUCACUGCCUCACUUCUCCAUCCCCACUCCCUCCUCUUCCAAAGGAAGCAGGGGGAAUGUCUCAUCUUCCUAAGAAAAAAGGUUGUGCUUUUCUUGAGCAAUUCAUCUGUUCUAAUUUUAUGCCUACUGACAUCUAUCUCAUUAGAUUUUGCUUUUCACACUGGCAACCACAAACCCCAAAUCUACUGUAUGGCCCACAAAGUCACAGGCAUGUAGUACAUUCCUGCCCUGCUUUGUGCCCUGUGCAUCCAGCCCAUGUUCAGUUGGUGUCAAGUAGCAUUAUAGGCCACCUUAAAUCAUUUCUGAAACUAGGCAGAGACAUUUAUGAACAUAGUGUACAACCCUUUGUUUAGGAUUUUCUGAGCAUUUUGUCUGUAGUUACUGUAGUUCGAGAUGGCUUAAAAACAGCAAACCUAGGAAAAUGAAAAAUAAUUUUUAAAAAUCUUAAUGUCUUUACAAUAUUAGUUUAUGGUGAUCUUUCUUAAAUGGAACUAGGUUUGAUUUUUCCUCCUAUCUUAAUUCCUUCACUGGAGAUAAUUGUUGGGAAUUAGCUUCACCCAGAACCCUCCCUAACCUCCCCCUACUUCUACUCCCAGCCUGCUUCACACCAUGACAUUGUUCUUUGGUGCUGAUAAUCUUAGUUCCUUCCAAGGACUUUUUACUCUCCUGGAGUGGGAGAGAAAGGCACAGUGGGAAAUUUACACAAAAGAUACCAGUGAGGUUUAUUACAUCUGAGGAAACUCAUUAUUUCUAUUUUAAUACUUUGUUUCAUGUGGAAAAAUUAUCUAAGGUAAUUCCUUUGCAAACGCCACUUGUAGUACUUAAUUUGGGGACAAUUCUCUUCCAGAAGUCUUGUUUUCUACAAUUAAUUUCUCACAUUAUUACUAAAAGAAUUGGCCAAUACAAUGUUUGAUCCACAUUUUGUCCAAUUAAAAGUCCUUCUUGUAGCUUAUGAUUCUGUUGCUCAAGUUCAAAUCCUACUACCUCAGACAUUUCACACUGUCUCCCUGCUGGUAUCAUCAAUUUCAGUCAAUCUUCUCACGAUUUCCUGGACAAAGUUUUUCAGUUGGAAAUCCUAAGCCUUUGUCUGAACCUAAACUAGUUCUUUCCCAUCCCUUAGGUAGUCAUUAAAAAUAAUCUCUUCUAGGAAAUCUU